UACAACUCUUGUUGUGCUGUAUCAACAACCUGACACGUGGUUCCAGAUUCCAAACGUCAAACGACGCCGUACCCUCUUCCUUCGAUUAAUUCAUGUUCACAAUUUCCUUUCGUUUCACUCAGGCAUUUUCACAAACACAAAGAGGUCAUGACUCAUGACAUGAUGUGUUUGUUCUUUCUCCAUUGAUUGAACAUGGUACAUAGCGUAUGUAGUACCGGGUCGAAUAAUUUUUUUUGGUGGUGGUGGGGUAGUGUCGGCUACAGAUUCGAAUAGAUAAAGCUAGUUAGAUAACGAUUGUUUGAGCUAUGCUUAUCUCACACUGUUUUUCAAAUUUGUUUGCUUCUUCAUGUUUCUGAUUCUUUGAGGACUUUUUCUCUGGUUUCAGUUUUGCUUCAGGGUAUUAAUUUUUGGCAUUCAAUCCAUCCAAAGUGAUUCUGGGAGAAGCUAUUGAUAGUAGCUUUUGUGGGGGGAUAAGUGAUUUUGGAGAAGAUUAAAAGUGAAUUCAAAUAUGCUGCUAUUUCACCAUUGAGCACAGUAGUGUCAUAAAGGUGAAAGCAGAGACGAACUUCCCAAUCAUAUCAGUGUGUUACAUGUUUGAACUUUUAAAGGAAAUAGCACAGAGUCUCGGAGUUAUCCUAAUGAAUCAGUGAAAGUCUGCAAGUCAUGGAGGAUAGUGGAAGUGUAGGUUUGAGGAGAAGUCCUUUUCAAAUGGGGAUGUCUACAUUGGUGAGAUCAAGGGUAUACUUCCCCAUGGAAAGGGAAAGUACACAUGGUCAGAUGGAACAGUAUAUGAGGGUGAUUAUGUAAAUGGAAAAAGGACAGGGAAAGGAGUUAUUACAUGGCCAUCAGGAGCAAAGUACGAGGGUGAAUUCUCCGGGAGUUUCCUUCAAGGUUACGGAACCUGUACAAAACCUUCUGGGUUUGUUUAUACAGGUGGCUGGAGGAUGGGUGCACAUCAUGGGAUCGGACAGAAGGUGUAUCCUAAUUCAGAUACUUAUGAAGGAUUAUGGAAAGAAGGAACUCGUGAAGGCUGCGGAAGAUACUCUUGGAACAAUGGAGAUAUGUAUAUUGGGAAUUGGAAAAGUGGGAAAAUAGAUGGUAGAGGGGUUAUGAAGUGGGCUAAUGGUGAUAUCUUUGAUGGUAGUUGGGUAAACGGGCUUAGACAAGGAUCUGGAGUGUAUAAAUUCGCCGACGGGGGGAUUUAUAUUGGGACAUGGAGUAAAGGUCUAAAGGAUGGAAAAGGAACAUUCUAUCCUGCUGGUAGUAAAAAACCAUCUCUAAAGAGGUGGUGUAGUGUUCUAAACAAUGAUGAUGAUGAUGAUUCGAUAUUGAGUUCAAAAGAACACGUAGCUCCAAAAUCAAGCAUUAAGCGUAGUCUUUCUGAAAAGCUUUCGGUCAGUGCUAGAUCAAAGAGUUCACAUCAUGGUCAAGUAUCUCACAGGACUGCAUCAUCGGAUGCAAAUUGGAGCAUUGAAAAUCCUGCUGGAGAUUGCAUAUGUUGUGAUUCUGCACCCACAUUAUCGCAGACCUUAAACGAAGGUCAACCUGAGGCAUCUGGUAAUCGUGCUUUGGUUUAUGAAAGGGAAUAUGUGCAAGGAGUUCUCAUUAUGGAGAGAGUUGGGAAGUACUCAGAUGUAUCACACAAAAACAAACGGCCAAAUAAGUUUAGUAUGAAGCAAGUAAAGAAGAGUUCAUUUAUGGACAUUCUUGGAGGCCGCCGAACCUAUUAUCUGAAACUUAAUUUGCAGCUUGGCAUCAGGUAUACUGUUGGAAAAAUUACACCAAUACCUGCUCGUGAAGUUCGGUCAUCUGAUUUUGGAGAUCGGGCUAGGAUAAGAAUGUACUUCCCCAAGCAGGGUUCGCAGCUGACUCCUCCACAUUGUUCUGUGGACUUCUACUGGAAAGAUUAUUGCCCUAUGGUCUUUAGGAAUUUGAGAGAGAUGUUCAAAUUAGAUGCUGCAGAGUACAUGAUGUCUAUUUGUGGCGAUUGUGGUCUAAGAGACUUAACUUCACCUGGAAAAAGUGGCAGCAUCUUCUUUCUUUCACAAGAUGAUAAAUUUGUGAUAAAGACACUGACAAAAUACGAACUGAAGGUUCUGCUCAAUAUGCUUCCCAAAUACUACAAUCAUGUAGGAAAUUAUGAGAAUACUCUUAUUACAAAAUUCUUUGGGCUCCAUCGAAUAACACUAAGAGGUGGGAGAAAGGUGCGUUUUGUAGUCAUGGGGAAUAUGUUUUUCACCGAAUUGCAUAUCCACCGUCGUUAUGAUUUGAAGGGGUCUACUCAUGGAAGAUGUACAGGCAAAGAUAAAAUUAAUAGCAAUUCAACAUUGAAAGAUCUUGAUCUAACAUAUGAAUUUCAUAUGGAUAAAAAAUUGCGAGAAUCCUUGUUCAACCAACUUUCUCUAGAUUGCAGUUUCCUGGAGUCUCAGCAAAUAAUUGAUUACAGUCUUCUGUUGGGAUUACAUUUUAGAGCUCCAGAGAAUCUAAAGGCUUUAGCAGAAUCUCCUGAAUCAAUGCAACAUCAGGAUAGCUUACCUUCUGGAGAUGUGAUUAUUCCUCAAGGAUUGUUAUUGGUUGCCCAUGAACCAAGCUUUCACAGCACUUCACCUGGAACCCACAUUAGAGGGGAAACAUUGAGGGCAUACUCCAUAGGUGGUCGGGAAGUUGAUCUUUUACUGCCUGGUACUGCAAGGUUGCGAGUUCAAUUAGGAGUAAACAUGCCAGCUCAAGCUACUCGCAAGCUUCAGGAGGAUAAGGUGGAGGAAUCAGAAGUGGAGCUUUUUGAGGUUUAUGAUGUGGUACUCUACAUGGGCAUAAUUGAUAUUCUUCAAGAAUACAAUAUGAAAAAGAAAAUGGAGCAUGCCUAUAAAUCACUAAAAAAUGACCCUAUGGCUAUAUCAGUAACAGAACCCAAGAUAUAUGCUAAACGUUUCCUCAACUUCAUGGAAAGAAAAGUUUUCCCUGAGACUCCCUGAAUAUAUGUUUUAGUUUCCUACCUUUCCUUUUUUAUUUAAUCCUUCUUUGUAAUUAAUUUUUUCCAAAUGAAGAGUAUUUUAUUUUGUCAGUUCAAUUUUGUUACAUUCGAUAUAAUUUUUUCAUAUGUAUAUUUUCUGUAAUUACAAAGGUGGUCUGCAAUUCAAACAGAUCUCAGAACGGCAGCGGCUUAGUGCCAUUUAAGAUUCUUAUACUUGAUAAUUGCUUUGUUGAGCUUCACUUGACACUUAAUUAUUUCA